AUGGUGUUGUCCAAAACGGGGAUCGCUAAAGGGCAAUAUAUCUGGCAGCGAGAUCCCCGCACCGCAUUGAGUCGCGUUCAUCAUCAUCAGGAAGGGGAGUCCCCUUCUUCUGGCAGUGGCGAGGCUAAAGAUGGUGGGCUCAAGGCCUUUCUUUCCGCCGUCCAGGACAAUCCGGAGGUUCUGCACGACGCAUCGAGCGCUCAAGUUACGGCCAAGGAAAUCGCCCGCCAGGUGUCCAUUUACACGAUGCGAGGCAGCGAGCACGAGAUUUUGGCGUCGACUCCUUGGUCUCAAUCGAACUUCGCAACUGGUGGAAGCAGGCGUUUGGAGCUGAUGAAUAGCGGCAGCUUUCUGGGUCUCGGUCAGAAGGCAGUGGAUCAGCUCAAGCAGAAGUAUUUGAAGCCAUAA